UCAUCUUCACUUAUUCGUUUACAAUGCGUUCUGCUAUCUGCGUCGUCGACAAAAUUUUAACUUUUAAUUUUGUUAAUAGCACCUACAACAUCUUUGGAUGUAGUCAACGCAGUUGGCAGACACGAUUGAUACAUUCCUUUAAGAUGCAGCCCCGUUAUUUGAAACAAGCUGAGGCAAUUAAACUAGACGAGGAGCUGUUUAAUUAUUUUGGGGUUGAACAAUUAAUGGAACUGGCUGGAUUAAGCUGUGCAUCAGCAAUAGCAGAAGAAUACCCAGAAUCCAAAAAUGUUUUAGUUGUUGUAGGUCCUGGGAAUAAUGGUGGGGAUGGACUUGUGUGUGCAAGACAUUUGAAAAUGUUUGGUUACCUUCCAGAGAUCUUUUAUCCUAAACGCCCUGCCAAAAUUCUGUAUGAAAAUCUAACGAAGCAGUGUGAGCUGUUUGAAAUUCCAUUUCUGUCAUCAUUUCCUGGCCAUGAGGAGCUAAACACAAAAUAUUCACUUAUUGUGGAUGCAUUAUUUGGCUUUAGCUUUAAACCCCCCAUUCGACAAGAAUUUUGUGAGGUUAUUAACACCAUGGUACAAACAUCAACACCAUGUUGCAGCAUUGAUAUUCCUAGUGGAUGGGAUGUUGAAAAUGGACCAGUUGAUCCGGCGAAUCAUAUUAAACCUGCGAUGCUGAUUUCUUUGUCUGCGCCGAAAUUGUGUGCAACUUUUUUUCGAGGCAUCCAUUAUUUAGGAGGUCGCUUUAUUGCCCCUGCAUUAGCUACAAAAUAUGAGCUCGAUCUACCAAAUUAUCCUUCGACGCAAAAUUGCGUGCGGCUGUGAUAGAUUAUUAAACUGGGAAAUUAUAAGCAUCUUUAAAUAUAAGGCAAAGGAGCGAGAAUAUCCGAACAAAAAAGAAUUCCCGUAGAAGCUUAAGAAUUUUCAGUUAUGCAAUAGAAGAAAAAAGGCGUGCGUACAUUCAGGUAUAUCCAGGUAUCCCAUUCGUCUGUCAUAUUUUAUUUCAUCCACUAUUUUUCCGUUCUUCGCUCACUUGAAUCGCCCACUGUAAUUCUGCUACUUUUUUUUAUUUGCCUUUAAUUCGCUCACUAGCAUCGCUCACUGUAAUUCUCCUACUUUUUUUACUUGCCUUUAAUUCGCCCACUAGCAUCGCUCACUGUAAUUCUGCUACCUUUUCAUUUGCCUUUAAUUCGCCCACUAGCAUCGCUCACUGUAAUUCUGCUUCUUAUUUUGAUUUGCCUUCAAUUCGCCCACUAGCAUCGCUCACUGUAAUUCUGCUACCUUUUCAUUUGCCUUUAAUUCGCCCACUAGCAUCGCGCACUGUUAUCAUAUUACCUAUCGCUCACUAAUCACCGCUCUCGCCCAACACUUGUUCGCUUAUAUGACAUUCUCUCGAGAUGGGAUCCUGUAAAUCACCAGAUGUACGCACGCCAAUACAUAUUUGUAUUGCGAACUCUUAUAUACCGUUGAUUUCAUGAGGAAACUGCGUUAACAACGACCCCAGUACCAUUUUUCUUCCUUUUAUAAAGUAAAAUAAAACAUUUUGGGGAAAAAACAGAUGAACUUUGAAGGGAAUUUGAUGCGCUACCGAUUGCAUAAUUGAAAAUAAACACAAAAGUGAUAUUGACAAUUACAAAUGAAAGAAACCUACAAAAUACCUAUCUCGAAUGCGAAUUUCACGCAAUCUAGUCUCAGCCGUAGCGGCGGUGCUUAACCAUGUGCCUGACGUUUUUCAUUUCUGGCUUUCCUCAUGCA